CGAAAAAAUCCACCGCCAUUGCCAUAGCCAUAGUCACCAUGAAACUCAGAAUCAGAUGCUUCGAAACCAAAGAAACCAUAAAAAUCGAUGUACAAUCUUCAUCCUGCACUCUUCAAGAACUCAAAAAUCGAAUCACUCAAGCAUUACCAUCAUCAUCAACACCAAAUUCCGUUCAUCUUUCUCUCAAUCGAAAGGACGAACUUCAAUCUUCUGAAGAAGAUACGCUUCAAUCGAUUGGUAUUACCUCAGGUGAUCUUAUCUUCUUCACUCAAAAUCCAAUUGGGUUUUCAAUUUCAACUGAAACCCAUAUCCCCAAAUUGAAAAAAUCGGACACCCAAAUCGUCCAAGAAUCUGAAAUAGUGAAAAAAUUGGACACCCAAUUUGUUCAUGAAUCUGAAACAGUGAAAGAAAUGGACACCCAAAUCGACCAAUCGGAACCCCACGAGACGAAAACUCAAAAUUCUAUACCUGGGGGUGAGGAAAUGGAGGAGUUUAUGGAGGUAGAUGAUAAUGGAGAUUACAGUGAUGUGAAUUUUACGAAAUCGUUUUCUGUACCUGGGUUUUUGAGGAAAGUGUUUACAGAGGAGCUAAACGAUGACGAUGGUAGCCGUGACCAUAAGCUGUUGGUGGUUGCUGUUCAUGCUGUUUUUGUAGAAUCUGGGUUUGUUCUUCUUGACCCUAUUACGUUUACUGAAGUUAGUGUAUCUCAAUUUUUGAAAUAUUGGUCUUCUGGAUCUCGAAAGACACUGUUUUACACCAUACCUGAGGUUAUUGAUCAUGUAAAAGGAGGUAAUUGUAAUGUGAUUCACUGUAUUGAGUUAAAGUUUCAGUCUUUAGGGAAGUUCUUUAUUGCUCAUGGGUCAUUAUCCGGUGGGGGGUUGGUUUCCACGUUUAGAGUGACGUUAAACGAAGAUCAAUUGGUUCCGUUUUUGAAUGUUGUGUGGGCUAAUUGUGGAUUGAAUGAGGUAGUAGAUGGGGAUUUUGGAGAGAAGGAAGUGUUUGUGUUUUGGAGGAAUGUAAAGGAUGGGCUUGUAUUGCCAUUGUUGAUUGAUUUGUGUGAAAAGUCUGGUUUGGUGCUUCCACCGUGCUUUACGCGACUUCCAACGGACCUUAAGUUGAAGAUUUUGGAGUCACUUCCGGGUGUUGAGAUAGCGAAAGUGAGUUGUUUGAGCUCUGAAUUGCGAUAUUUGGGUUCGAGUGAGGAUUUGUGGAAGAAGAAAUAUGUGGAGCAGUUUGGUGAUGGUGAGAUAUCGGGAGAAGGAGGACAUUGGAAAGAGAAGUUCGUUAAGUCUUGGGAGAGUAGGAAGAGAAGGAAAGUGAUUAAUAGAAGAAGAGUGGUUGAUGGGUUGCGAAUUUUAGGGGGUCGUCAUCCAUUUCCGGUACCUUGGAUGCCACAUGUAAUCGGUGGAGAUUAUGAUCUUUUCCCUCCACAAUUUGAUAAUACUGGAAAUCCGUUAGGGCGGGCACCACCUUCUCGAUUGCUCCAUCCGUGGUCAAACCAUGUACGUCGUUGUCAUCUUGGAGGACAUAGGAGCAACUUCCCUUGAAGUCUUUAGCAGUAAGCUGUGUAGUUUAUGUCUAUGAUAAGUAGUGCAAUAGGUUUCAGUUGCAAGUUUUUGUUAAUAUGGUACUUUUGGAAGUGAUCUUUUUAUGUUCCAUUUGGAAAUUUCAAAACUUUUAUCGUAUCGAAAAAGAAACGUUCCAUUUGGAAAUUUCUGGUUUUGGUGUUUGGAUAACUCUUAGGCAGUUGUUUUUGUUCUAUUUCCUUUUUCUGUUUAUGCAAAAACAGUGAAUGUAAUCUGCU